AUGUUAAAUCAAUAAGAAUAAAAUGAUGAUGAGAUCUAGUCUGAAAAUAAUGACGAAAUAAUUAAUUUCGAUUAAUUUGAAGAUAACGAAGAAGAAAUAGUCAAUACUUCGAAUAACAAGUCAUAAUCAAUACAAUACCCGUUUGAAGAAUAAAAUUAGGACUUGAAGUAAGAAGGAAAGAAAGAAAAUGUGAUCGAAGAGAUGUUUUAAUUUAAACCAGAAGAUGAGCAUGACAACAUAGCCAAAUUUGGGAGUAUGCAUUGUGAGGAAGACUUUUAGAGUUGGAGGGAUGAAAAUAAACAAAAUAAUUAAGACGAAUAGGCUUAAUAGAUCGAUGCUAAGACUGGAAGAUAAGAAUAACAAGCUUAAAUUGUAUAUCGACCUAAUUUAAUUGUGGAUAUGCAAGAAUUCUUGUAAAAACCGAUCGAUCAAUGUAAAAAGAUAUUUUGAAAUAUUUAUUAGAGCAUUUGAUUUAACUGACAAUCAUCAAGGAUAAAAGUGGAACUAAUAAGUUUCAUCAUAAAUACCUAUUGUAUUUGAGUGAUUAACCCAAUAGAUUUUUAUGUUCAGCAAAACGAUAGGCUUUCAGUUAACAAAUUCAUUAUGUUGUAUCCACACUCUCAGAUAAAUUUGAUAGGAAACACAAGUCUUGUUUGGGAAAGAUAAAAGGGACUCGUGGUAUAUUUAGAUUGUUUGACACUGGUGAUAAUCCAAAAGACGCCAAGUUCUUAGACAAAGUAAGGAAGGAAUUAUGCUUGAUCAAUUUCCAAAAUUCCAAAUAGACUGGGUAAAUUAGAUAAAGUGUGAUUGUACCAAGGAUUAAAGAUGGACAACCUUGUGAAUUUAAGCCAUUGAAUGAUACAGAUGGAUUAUUGAAAGCCUAUCAUUCAUUACAAUAUAAGGAUCAAAUUAUGCAUUUUAUGAAUAAGAUUCCAAUUUACAAUAAGGAAAAGAAGAUUUAUCAAUUGUAAUUCAAUGAUAGAGUGACUAUGCCCUCUGAAAAGAAUUGUAUAAUUCAUGAUAUCAAUUGCACAGAUAAAAGUAAGUUUGUGUUACAAUUUGGAAAAUGUGCAAAAAAGACUUAUUCAGCUGAUGUCUCUCAUCCCUUAUCUAUUUUACAAGGAUUUGCAAUAUGCAUCUCACAAUUUGAGAAAAAAGUUUGA